AUGUCGAUGGCCCCUGGAGGCAACACUGCGCAGCGAACAUAUGAAGUGUGGUCCCCUAAUAUCGCUCCGAGCGAGGCUUCGGAUGCGACCAGAAUAGCAGAGGAAGAUCCAUAUGAUGGUAUAUAUCCUACCAACCCCGAUAUCCAGUCCGCAGAUGCAAGGCGUCAGUCCGACCAGCUCUCCAUGGCAGCAUCAAGUUCCGCAGGGUCGUCUACAUCGCCGCCGCCGCCGAGACCUCUACCCAGUCUUCUACGAGUUACCAACGAUCCCGCAUUUUCCUCCGACCCCUACUCCAAUCCCUACUUCAUCUCUCAUCGCGCCGAAAAGCUUCCCAUGAAGGAAAAACCGGAUAAGAAGGGUUUCGUCAGUCCCCAUGUCACGAACGAGGGUUCGGCGGAUAGGAUGGAGGACGGGGAACCAUUGCCGCUGGAACCACCGCCUGCGUAUACUCCCUCCACUUCUAGCAGCUCGAUGACCCCCUCCAUGACUUCCGCAUCGACGUCUUCCCUCACUGAACCCAGCGUCGCCGUGACGCCUUCCCAAUCGCAGCCAUCGGUCGUAUAUGAACCGAUCUCGUUUGACCUGACUAGGCUCAGCAGUCGUGAGCCUUCUGGUUCUCGCAACGCGUCCGCCCCGGAGCUGCAGCGUCCUGUCGAUCGACCAGCGUAUGUCGCUAGCUCGUCCGAGCCGGACAUGCGUGACGCCACGCGUGCUCGCAGCGAUGAAGCCCAAGGCCCAUCGAGGCGGGCGAGCCCGAAGAGGAAAGUACAUCCGCGAGCUUUAGAUCGGAUAGAUGAGUUGGAUGUCACGAAUCCGCUGGGUGUCACUCUCCAUCACGGGGGCCCGUACGAAGCAAUCAAUCGCCGGCUGGCUUCCGCCUCGCAUGGUUCUCCGCAUCCCAGGCGAGACGUGGGCAAGGAACGGGAAGAUCCCGGCGGUUCAGGAUUUGAAAUGAGAGGCCCUCGUCACCCGAAUCUCCAGCCUACCAGUUAUUCUGUCGGCGAGAUCGUGCCCAAGGGCUUUACUGGGCAACCCACGGCAGCUUAUAUGUAUCCUCCUCAACAACAUACUCGACCCAUUCAACGUCCGGCUACGCUGGGCGCCCCUCCUCAACCCGGUUCUUAUGAUGAACAUAUGCAAAAUGGCUUCCAAGACGGACGCCGACAUCCUGGCUAUCGUUCCACUCCUAACCAUCCAGUUGCUCAGUUGCCGGAUGUCUCUGGACAUACCCCACCGGUGCCAAACCCUCAGCUGCCACGUGACGGCCGUCUGCAUAAAGCCCGUCCUUCCCAUCUUCAGCCACCUCCGGGUCCCCAGAAUGCACAUGGCAACCCGCCCCUGCCCCUAGGCAUGACUGCCCACAUACCUAACGCUCCCAUCAGCCACCGUCCCCCGUUGCAGCCGUUGCCUCCAGAUCGACAGCAACUCCCCUAUCCUGUUCCCUCUCUGCCCAAUCCUCAUCCCCAACCGCCUUUUGCACAUUCGCAUGUGUCUCCUCGGCGAGGUCCACCCAUGCCUGUGCCCACCCGAAUGCCCAUUUCGAAGCCCCGUCAACCACCUCCACCUCCCGACAUCUCUUUACCUCCAUCUGCCCCGAUCCCGGGAUUUGUCCAAAGACCGUCGGCUGAGAUUCAGAAUAGACCCAUUCCACCGGAGAUGCCUCCACGUCCUGCGCCGUCGUACCUUCCGAAACGAUUGGUCAUGCCUUUGCCCCUUCAGUCUCAGCAAGAAACUCCUCAAGGGACAACGUCGCCUGCUCCGCGGGCUGCCGGACCAAUCUACCUGGACCGCCAUCGACCUUUCCAGCCUGAGAAGAAGGUCCAGUUUGACGCACAUGUCAGGGCUCAGGAAAUUCCUAUGCUGCAGAAGGAGCCGAAGCUCGUGAAGAAGCGAAAUACCAUUGGCGGCGGUGUUACCAAUGUCAGGGAGGAACCGGAGAGUCAGCCUAGUCGUGGAAGUUCUUGGUUCGGACGAAAGGUCGCCAGGCAUGCGAGUGUUCAGGAGGAGAAGAAAGAAUCCAAGUUUCCGCGGAGACUCAGCAAGCGCAGGUGAUGUCGCCAGAUGGUAUUGCAUGCCCUGUCCUCCACGUUUGUUUUCACGCACGUUUAUUGUUUACGAGAACCCCUCACGCCACACUCAUCCAACGGACUGUGCAACAGCCCUCACUCCGGACACUGACAGUGCAAAUUACUGGCUUAAAGUACUUACAAACAGGUUAAUGUGUCAUGAACUUAGAGAGGCAGAUGUACCCUUAGUGCUG